AAAAUGUUAGGCUCCUCCAAUCCAUAUAUACUUCAAAACUUUCUAAUAGAAUUCAAGUAGCAAGUAAGUAUGGAAUCCCAAAAUAUAGAGCAGGUUGCUUCCAAUUUGCUCAAAGCUCAAAGCCAUGUAUGGAAUCACAUGUUUAACUUCAUAAAUUCCAUGUCACUUAAAUGUGUAGUUGACUUAGGCAUACCAGAUAUCAUACACAACUAUGGCAAACCCAUACCACUCUCAAAACUCAUUUCUUCACUAUCAAUCCACCCUUCAAAAAACCACGGCAUUCAUCGCUUGAUGCGAAUCAUGACUCACUCCGGCUUCUUCUCUCAAAAAAACGUUAUAGGGAAUGAGCUAGAAAUUGAGUAUAUGUUAACUGAUGCAUCUAAACUAUUACUCAAGGACAAUCCAAUGAGUGUGGCACCAUACGUGCACGCAAUGGUCAAUCCAGUUAUGAUGAAUCCAUGGUAUCAAUUCUCUACUUGGUUAAAAAAUGACGAUACUAACACAUUCGAGACGACACAUGGGAUGUCAACAUGGGAGUAUGCUGCACGUGACUCCGAAAUUAACAACUUAUUUAACGAGUCAAUGGCAAAUGAUACUCGAUUAGUUUCUGAUUUGUUGGUUGAGAAAUGCAAGGGAGUGUUCAAUGAAGUUGAGUCAUUGGUUGAUGUUGGAGGAGGUACGGGGACCAUGGCAAAGACUCUUGUCAAAUCAUUCCCACAAAUGGAGUGCAUUGUGUUUGAUCUUCCACAUGUUGUUGAUGGCUUGCAAGGAAGUGAAAAGCUAAGAUAUGUUGGUGGAGACAUGUUUAAGGAAAUUCCACCAGCAGAUGCAAUUUUGUUGAAGUGGAUAUUGCAUGAUUGGAACGACGAGCAAUGUUUGAAGAUUUUAAAGAAUUGUAAGGAUGCAAUAUCAAAGAAAGGUAAAGAAGGAAAGGUAGUUAUCAUAGACAUGGUGUUAGAUUGUGAGAAGGGAGACAAUAAUGAAUCAGUUGAAACACAACUCUUCUUUGAUAUGUUGAUGAUGGCCCUAUUAACAGGAAAAGAGAGAAAUGAGAAGGAAUGGAUGAAAUUGAUUUCUUUGGCUGGUUUUAAUGACUACAAGAUAACACCAAUUCUAGGCUUAAGGUCCAUGAUUGAGAUCUAUCCAUAAAAUAUAAUAUCUAUCCAUUUAUCAACAACAUUCUUUAGGCCUCUCUUCCUUCUUUGGCCAUCUACAUUGGUUUUUCUUCCAUUUUAUUUGAAUAAGUGAUUUUAAUUUUAACUUUUUUUUUUUUUUUUGCAUUUUUCCGUAAUUUGUAAGUAUUUUGUCAUUGAGGAGUGCUAUAUAGCACGACACUUUUGUCGUGCAAAGCACAUGAACACUUACAAACUUCCUAUUUA